CUUGGGGAACGGUUGUUAAGCCAGGUUGUUAAGGCAGCCGAUAUCAAGAGACUUAGCUCGGGGGGGAUGAUCCCUCCCUGGAAAACGAGACACCCAGAGGAAAUCCCCUCGGGCUCCUUACUUCCCCAAGCCAGGUUGCUUAGCAUCACCGGGGUACCAGCCAGCGAGUGAAGAAGGCGCGGGAGAACAUUUCCUUUUGCCUGCCUCAGACGCCUCCGUCGCUCGUCAAACCUUGCCGAAUCUCCCCCGAAGGACGAAGCGCGAUGGGUUCCGAGGCAGCCGAGUUGGAGCUGCCUUUGGUCCAAGAUGUCCAGCUGACCGAGGUGAUGAGGAUCCGCGGGAAGACCCUCCGGGAGAAGAAUGAGAAACCUCAAGACGGCGAGAAGCUCCUUCAAGCCAACGAAUUCGUCUUCCGUCUGCACUUCACCCAUCAGCGUGACCUCUGUUUCCUGAGCUGGAAAGUUAUCUUGGACCAGCCUGGAAAGGCCACCAUUAUCGGGACCUCUCAGCACUGGACGCCGGACUUGACCAACCUCAUGAGAAGGCAACUCUUGGAUCCGCCGGCGGUGUUUUGGAAGAAGCCGGACGCGCCCGAGGUGGUGGAUUGCAACGAAGCGGAUGCCCUGGAGUUCGGAGAAAGAUUGGUGGAGCUGGCCAAGAUCCGGAAAGUGAUGUAUUUCUUGGUGGCCUUCACCGACGGCCUCGAGCCGGCUCACCUGAAAUGCUCCGUGAUAUUCAACAUCUGAAUUCUCUCCUCGACGGCUUUCUCCUCCUCUGAAAUAGUCUUCUGUUUUGUUUCGGGCUCUGCAACCUCUAACUUGUGACUUCGUUUUGAACCGCUUUGAAACGCAGAAUUGACGUCGCCCUUCAUCCUCCCUCGCUAGGCUGGGAAAUUUGCUGUUUGAAAGCCUGGAAGGCUUUCUCCAGAAGCUUUUAUUUUUAUUUUUAAAUUCGACGUGUAUUCGUCUCACCGUCGCCUCGCCAAACAUAAACUCAACUUGUGCAGAAGGCGUCUCUGAAAUAUGGAGCGUUUCCCCACCGCACUCAAGACCCCACCCAGAAAAGGGGAUUAAGACCCAUGGACUGUGUCAGAGGCCUACCUAGCAGGGCUGGGUGUGGAAAAAAACAAACCCCAGGCAUAUCCUGACAUUCCUUUGGUCCGAUUUAUUGGAGUAAUUUGCACGCUUCUCAAAAAGGGCAGCAUCGCCCGAAUCCAGGCACCGGAUCAUUUUAAACUUUCUUUUUUUUUCUUCCAAAGUAAGCCCUAAUUUUCACGGAGGCUGAGAAAAAACGGUAGCUUUUUCUUAAUCGAAAGUUCUCCUAACUUGUUUUACGUUCUCCGGUGGUACCAACCCCCCACCGCCCAUUAGAGCACAAGCACGCAAGUGUUUAAACAGGUGCCCACCCUUCUUUUUCACGCUUUGGCAAAAAUUGGCACCAUUUUUUAUAAAACUGGGAACUGACGAAAGGAGGGUCCGUAACUAAAUUUGGAUUCCAAACUUCAGGAUCUCGAGAUCAUGUCUGUCUUCUUGUUUGCUUUUCCAGGAAAAUAAAAAGAAAUUAGUGCCUUGCUGCACCGUGAAUUAAAUUUCUUUAAAUAAAAAGCAGUGGGGUGUUUUUUUCCCCCGACCCCUUUGUGCAAAAUCUGAGCUCUGAAAGAAGCUUUUAAAACUUUUUCUGCUUGGUUGAACCGGAGGUUGAAUGAAAAAGCUCAACACAAUCUUUUUUUUGCUGGAUGGGAAAAAUCUUUUUUCGCUCGGAGGCACCCAAAAUUGGCUGG